AUUUGCCUAAUAUAUAAAAUGGGAUUAGACAUGAUGACUUCUAAGAUUUCUUCUGUAACUAAGUUUCUGUGACUCCUUAUAUCUGGUGCAGCUUUCUUUUUAUAAAGGAGGGGACUGGGAAUAUCUUAGGUGUUAGAGCCAAGACCCUGAUUUUUCCCAUCUUUGUGAACUGGUAAGAGAACAGGCAUUUUUAUGGUAGGAGAUGCAGUGGGAGCUGAAAAGUGUCUGGGAUGUGGGUUGGGGAAUGACUAAGGUAAUACUUGACAGUAUCUCUUCUAAAGACAGGGCAUUAAAAAUGGUCAGAAAAUGUCAGCUUGGGGGAAGGUAAACUAUUUCCUUAUCCCUGAAUAGAUUUCAAAGCCAGGGUAACUGUUCCUGGUAAGGAUGGAACCAAACUCUAAUUCACCAGUGUUCCCCUUAUUCUUACAGCACAGUGGAGAUCGUAGCAAGUGAGCAAGGGCUCUGGAGAGCAGUGAGCACCUGAGUCCCUAGCAUGGCGGGACUAAAGCGUCGGGCUAGCCAGGUGUGGCCCGAGGAACGGGGAGAGCAGGAACAUGGAUUGUACAGUCUACACCGAAUGUUUGACAUUGUGGGCACCCACCUGACGCACAGAGAUGUGCGUGUCCUCUCCUUCCUUUUUGUUGAUGUAAUCGACGACCAUGAGCGUGGCCUCAUUCGAAGUGGACGAGAUUUCUUGUUGGCACUGGAGCGCCAGGGCCGAUGUGAUGAAAGUAACUUUCGACAGGUGCUGCAGCUGCUACGAAUCAUCACCCGACAUGACCUGCUGCCCUAUGUCACACUCAAGAGGAGGCGGGCUGUGUGCCCAGACCUUGUAGACAAAUACCUGGAGGAAACGUCAAUCCGUUACGUGACCCCCAGAGCCCACAGUAACCCAGAGCCGGGACCUCCCCAAACCCCUAAAUCAGUGCCUCCCCACUAUCCUGUGGUGUGCUGCCCCAAUGCUGGCCAACAGAUGUGCAUCAAACGGCCAAUCAGAGGGAGAGCCACACUUGUAAGUCAGCGGAAGCGCCGGAAGUCUGUGACACCAGACCCCAAGGAGAAACAGACCUGUGACAUCAGGCUUCGGGUGAGGGCUGAGUACUGCCAGCAUGAGACGGCUCUGCAGGGCAAUGUCUUCUCAAAUAAGCAGGACCCACUUGAACGCCAGUUUGAGCGUUUCAACCAGGCCAACACCAUCCUCAAAUCCCGGGACCUGGGUUCCAUCAUCUGUGACAUCAAGUUCUCUGAGCUCACCUACCUCGAUGCCUUCUGGCGCGACUACAUCAAUGGCUCCCUCCUAGAAGCGCUCAAAGGCGUCUUCAUCACAGACUCACUUAAACAGGCCGUGGGCCAUGAGGCUAUCAAGCUGCUGGUGAAUGUGGAUGAGGAGGACUAUGAGCUGGGCCGACAGAAACUCCUGAGGAACUUGAUGCUGCAGGCACUGCCCUGACCCUCCUCUCAUCUUUCACAAAUCUUGGGGCUCAGCACCCACCUCUGGAGUUCACACACUGUUUGGGGUUUUCUCCAUACCCCUCCUGUCACCUCCCCCUCCCCUCUUUUUUAAAGGAAAAGACAAAAAAAGUGGAAGUGGUAUCUCCCUGUCCCCUCCCCCACCCACUGACUUCCACAAGCAGCCUGGGAGUCCAACCUGGGCCAGAAGGAAGCAGCAGCCUUGUCUUGGAGUACUCUUUAGAACUGCUGCUGAAGUGGUUUGGGGAGUCAAUAGGAGGUUCUCUCAAUUGCCCUCAGGCUUUAUGAGGGCUAGUUUUGUUUUGUUUUGUCUGAGAAACCAAAGGGCUGUGGUAUAGGAGCUUGUUGGAGAGAGGUAAGAGAUAGGGUUAUAUUAUGGAGAUUUACCACCACAUUCCCUCCACCCUGCUGAAAUUAUAAAGAACAAAUUGAACAACACUUUUAAAGGUUUGGCCUCACCUCCUCACUUGCUCACUCCUGGCCCCUGGUGCUUCCUCUCUCUCUCCCCUAUCUCCCCGGGACACAGGUUGUGGAUCCAUUUCCCAGUCUGGGUCCUUCAUCUACCCUUUGUCAGCUCCUCCUCUAGGGAGUAGUGAGAAGGGAGAACUGGGACAGCCCGAGAACCCCUCAGAUGUGCACUUUUGUGCACAAGUGCCUGUAAUGUAUGCAGGAUGGGGGGGAAGGGUUGCUGGUAGCACACAUUUCCUGAGAAAGGGGUGUGUGUGGCAUUUUUCCUUCCAUGUUCAAGUGAAAAUAAAUGUAUCCUGCAGCCCA